GUGACUUCCUGCUCUGCUGCUUGAGGCCUGUUCUUCUCAGUUGGUGUCCCAGGGCCAGGAGAGGUCUGAGGAGACCUGGAGGUGGAUACUCUGAGCUCGAUCCCCUGAAACCCCCACCUUCUGUCAGCAUCAAAGCUCCAGGCUAAGACCCCAGAGUCCAGGUCCAGGAGAGGGAAGACUCAGAGGACACAGAACAUGAAUGUCCCUGAUCCAGCUAAGGUUUUUGUGGACUGUGAAGACCAGGAGCAGCCGACCUCACACUUGUCCCAAAGGAGUGGGACAUAUGACCCAGAGGCACCCUUGUUGCUGCCGGCUCGUGCCCCAGUAGAUAAGGCUUCUCCAUCAAGGGAUCUGAACAUGGAGACUCUGAUGACCAAAGAUGAGUUCUUGGGCCCCACAGGACAUGUUGCUAUCGAGGUGAUUGACCAAGAAAAGAGCAUGUACCGAGUUCACUUCCCCACGGCCGGCUCCUACCACUGGCCCAACACAGAUCUCCACUUUGUGGUGAGAAGGCCAGUGACCAUCGAGAUUGAAUUCUGUUCCUGGGACCCAUUCCUGGAUAUGAUUGACCCUGAGGAAAACCUGACAGUGGCAGGCCCUCUGUUUGACAUCAAGGCUGAGCCAGGAGCCGUGGCAGCUGUGUAUCUGCCUCACUUUGUGUCCCUCCAAGGCGAGUAUGUGGACAUAUCCCAGUUCCAUGUGGCCCACUUCAAAGAGGAGGGGAUGCUGCUGGAGGAGCCGGCCAGGGUGGAGGCGUGUUACACAGUCCUGGAGAACCCCAGCUUCUCCCCCAUGGGAGUUCUACUGAGAAUAUUCCCAAUUGCCAGGAAUUUCAUCUCCAUCAACUCCAUUGUGAUGCUCUACCAUCACCUCCGUCCUAAUGAAAUCAACUUCCAUCUCUACCUGAUCCCAAAUGACUGCACCAUUCGGAAGGCCAUAGAUGAUGAAGAAAAAGAGUCCCAGUUUGUGCAAAUACGCAAGCCGCCUCCACAGGCCGAACUCUAUUUGGGCUCCCGCUUCACCGUGUCUGGUUCAAAGAAGAUGGAGAUAAUGCCCCAGGAACUGGAGCUCUGCUAUCGGAGCCCCAGGAAGACCCAGGUCUACAGUGAGAUCUCCGUUGGACAUUUGGAGUCAAAUGUCCGGCUGCAAAUAAAGAACAAGGAAGAUGGGACUGUGGUGUGGGAGGCCUUUGUGAGACCAGGAGACCUCAGACCUGCAGCCGCACUGGAUCCUCCAGGCCUAACAGGCGCACCGAGGACGACACACUUCGUGGACCAGUAUCGAGCGCAGCUAGUGGCUCGAGUAACAUCAGUGGACCCCAUCCUGGACAGGCUGCUUGGGAAGGUGCUGAGUGAGGAGCAGUAUGAGAUCAUCAGGGCCGAGGCUACCAAGCAGGGCCAGAUGCGGAAGCUGUUCAGCUUCAGCAGGUCCUGGGACCGGGCCUGCAAAGAUCGCCUCUACCAGGCCCUGAUGGACAUCGAGCCUUACAUAAUUAAGGAUCUCUUGGGGAAUAGGGACAGUGGAGGACACUGAGGGGUUCCUGCAGAGCUUGGCAGGUGACCUCUGCACACCUGCUGUGAGUUCUGGCUCUCCUGAUCUCUCUUGAGUCCCAGUUUCUUCAUCUCUAAACAAGUGGCAUCUGAGUUGCCUUCUCAUUGUAAAGUUAUGGACUCUGAUGACCCUCUGCUGGCCAGUGAUGUCCAUACCCUCAGGUGCUAUCCAGGCACCCAGGCUGUCUGGGUGACAGCACCUCAGGGAAUGACCUGCUGGAGCUUGACUUGAGGACCUGGUAGGACGUCCCCCAGAGCCUAUGUGGUGUGACCCUCCCUGGGCAUCCAGAGGAAGGGUAGGGGACAUGGCACUGGCCACUUCUGGCUGAGACAAUGACAAUGGACACCUUGGGGGCUUUGAAUGAUAUGUGAUAGCAACAAAACCAGAUUUUUCACUUCUCUAUGUUGAACUCCUAUUUUCUGUAUGUUCUGUUGUCUGUGCUGUAACUGGAGUCUAGGUGGGUCCCGGAGCCAGGAGAGGGUGAGGCAGAGCCUCAGGGGAUAGAGGCGAGGUCCCAAUUUAGAUGUCUCCUCCUAUGGAGACACGUCUUGAUCCGGGCUCAGGUGCCACUGCCCUGAGCCCCUGAGGCACCUGUGUCCCCACCUGAGCACCAGCAUAUGGCCUUGUCCCUCCUGCUUCGCUGCUGGUCUCUAAGUAAUGGUCACAAACGUUGCAGGGCCCACCCAUCUUCAAUGACCCUCCAUUCUGUUACAGAUUCUGGUGGGUCUUUUCUGGUUGCUACCAAAUAAUGCCAAGCAAGUUUGGAAUAAGCCAUGUGUCUGGGGCACCAUGUGUGAUGAAUGCCAUAGUGAUCAGGCAAGCAUUUUCUGGGGCAUCUGGGUUUACAUCCACGUGGUUGGGAUACGUCUGAAUAAUUCUUUCAAGGACUCCAAUGGAUCCUCAUUAGCUCCUUGUUCAAGUGUAAUAUUUUGUUAAAAUUUUUUUGUUUGGGGAUUCCCUGCUGCAGUCCAACCAGUAAACAUUUUUUAUACAGUUCUAACAUUGCCAUUCCUCCAUUGUUGGGGUCCCACUCGGGAUCCACCACUGGGACAACCAUCUCUGGAUCUGGGGAUUCUCUGUCCUGUUCGUGGAGAUGGUCAGCCUCCUCCCUGGCUUUCCUGAAUACCAUUCUCUGCUCAUCCAGAGUCAGCAAAGUUUGUAGCAUGGACUGUAUAUCUGCCCAGUUAGGGCGGAGGGAGAGGAAGAUAGAGGCAAACAAGUUUGCCAUCCUCUUAAGAGUCUGUCAGUACAAGGGGACAGAGCUUCUCCAAUUCAGGAGCUCCACGGUGCUAAAGGGAUGGUGUGGCCAAAAGUGCCAAACAGGUCGCCCAUGUUCAUUCAAACCACCCAUCGGCAUCUGUCAGAGAGGAAACUGUCCUGCCUCAGGGUGACCCUUCCUGCCAAAAUGGGUGCUGAGUCUAGCGUGGGGAGGAGACACCAUCUUAGUUUCCUCCCUAGAGGGCAGUGGAGGCUGUGAAGCCUCAGGAGUCUGCAAGGGAGGGGCCUUGUCACAUGGAGAAAAACCUCUGUCCUGAUGUAUUUAAGGUAUUUAACAUGUGAUAAUCCUCCUCUUCUAACUCUGCCCUCUGGCAGUCCUCAUGGGAAGGGGAAGGUUUAUCCCUUCUCUGUGCCAUCAGCCAAGCCUCUGCCACAUGCAGUUUAUGGAGGGCAGCCGGUAACUGGUCCUGCAUGCUUUUAAAAGCUGACUCAAAAACUGUAUGGUUUUCAUCCCUCAUACUCUUAAUAGUUACAUCAAGUGCCCAAAUUUGUUGCUGCACAUUCUCAGUAUGUGAAUUAGAACAUCUACCUCUCAUAGAACAAAGAACGUAGCAAAUGGCACUGAUACACAUUACCAAAAAACACCCAGAAGCACAGAUUGUAAAGUAGGGAUGGCCUAUAAACCACCUAUGUAUGUAUACAGAAGUUAAAUCAUAUGCCAUAUAUCAGGUUUUAUCAAAUUAUUUAUAUUUAUAAAACUGGUGGUAAUAUUUAAUGGAAAAAGUCUACUUAAACUCAAGGCCAGAAAAAACUGAAAGAACUCAAGCUAGGGAUAAAACUGUGUAAGCUCAUGGUUGAGGCCAUGUUUCGGUCAAAAACACACCCAAAAGAGAGAGCUGUGCGCAAGGAAUAAAAGCAGACUUUCCAAGACUUGAGAAAGAUUACACUGUUGUCCUGCAGACCUAGUGCGCUUAUGGUGAACAAUGCAAGGAAAGUUACUUUGGGCUGGUCAACCACAGGUGUAACUUGGUCAACCAUGUUGGGUGCCAAACUGUUACAGGGCAACCCUGAUAUAAAACAGGUUGCCUGACUGUGGGUCCUCACUUGUGUGCUUAAAAGGGACUUACACUGCAGGCACACACAAAAAGUUUAUUUACAAGGGAAGGGAAUGAGGAAAUGUACAACUCAGGAAGAAAAGAAGGAGAUAAAGUCUUAAAUGGGGCCUCCCUGAUGGCGCAAGGGGUUAUGGAGCUGUCCACAGCCACUGCAGCAUGAGUUCGAUCCCUUGCUAGGGAGCUACACACAUGGUCCAGCAGAACCCGCCUGUCUUGCCCGCUGCUCCCUUCAGCAGUGCAUUUUGGUAGAUUUGCCUGUCCUGUUCCCCACUCUGUCUCUGGUGAAGCCUCUCACCCCCCAGCAUCUCUGACCUGUACCCCAGCUCC